GGGCCCCCUAACACUUUUACAGAUAAUAUUACCCCCUUCCCUUUAUGUUUGCUUAGACACAAUUUUAAAAACAAGGCUCAUUUUGUCAAAGCACUACACACAAAUAACACAUUCACACACACAAGUAUCAGAACAUCUCAGAUCUUUUGCAAGACGACGCAUUUUAUUCAAAACUUUACAAUAAUUUAAGAAAAACCCAAUUUUGGGACCAUGUGACACACACAUGGUUUAUUCAGUUUGAAUCUGUUUGAGCCACUUAGACACUGCACAGUUUUUUAUUAGGCACAAUAUGAAAGUGAAGUGAAAGUCCUAACAUCUGACUUUUUUUUUUUUUUUACAUAGUUGCAGUAUUACAGUCACACCAGUUCAUAGGUGUGUGUGUGUGUGUGUGUACAAGUGUGUGUCCAUGCAUGUGUGAGUUGGUGUGUUGAUUAAGUCUCACCCCUUAAUUUCUGUGCAAUUUUUUUGCAUUGUUGGGGAUUUGUAGGUUAUACACAUAAACAUGUUCUGUAUUUAUUCUUUCCCCAUUUCAAGUACAUUUCAGGUCAUUUUUAACCGAAGAUCAUGAGUGUGACUAUUUUUUAUGACCAUUUAGCUUUUCCGAAUCAUGCCCUCAGGUUAUGAAGUCCCCUCCUAAAAACCCUAGAUCUGUGGUUUUCAAACCAGUCCUGCAAGCAUCACUAGCACCACAUAUUUUGUAUGUCUCAUCUGACACACCAGCUUUAGAUGUGCAGUGCUUGGGGUGCUCUCAGAACCGGUUUGAAAAACCCUGCUGACCUUUACUGCCUGCUUUGUCUAUAUGUAGCGCCGGACCUAUAGGCGUAAAUGUAGACAAGGAAAUAACUAGAAGAAUAACAAGUGCGGUAAACUGUUAAAAUGCGGGUUAACAAUCGAGAGAGCUGCAACUGAAGAAAACACAUGCAAAUAAAAAUAAGGAAAACCUCUUCAUCAGUUUAACAACAUGUGACAUCAUUCUCGAUGAAAGUCGUAAAGUAUAUCGUGCAGCCGUAAAAGUUUCUAAAUUAAUCUAUAUCGCUUCGACUAUAUAUCUAGACAAUAAAACUAUUGAUCAGAUUUUAUUACAUUUUUUUUUAUGGAAAAACCAUGUGCACUGCAUUUGUAAAUCUGUUGUCAUAAAUUAUUUUAAAAACGGUGGACUUGACUUUCUGGAUUUAACUAAUACUCUCACAAUUAAUUGGUUAAAAUGUUGUUUGAACAAACCAUCUUUGUGGAAUUUUAUUCCUAAAAUCAUUUUGGACCAACUUUGGUGUCUUUCUUUUUUUUUACUAAUGUGUGAUUACAAGAUUGAGAAGCAAUCUGCAUUUCAUGCUCAAGCUUUUUUUGGCUUGGAAACUGAUCUAUAAGCACAUUUUUUCUCUCCAGCGCUACUUUCUUUGGAGCAAUCGUUGAAUUUUAUAAACACAAAAGCUGGUUUGAUAAGAGUAUUGUUGUUUGUCAUUUGUUUACAUGACAUUUGAUGAAUUUCUUGUAAGCUUUCAUUUUCAUGUGACUCCCGAGGAAAUUUCUCAUUUUCUCUACAAUUAAUUCUGGUAUUGCUUCCUUAUUUAGAAAUGUGAUAUUGGUUUAUAUGCCCAUAGUCAGUCUAACUGAUACAAUAUGUGGUCAGUUUUGUUUUUCACAGACUAAAAAUGACAAAUCUAUUCGUUCUCUAUUUUUAAAGGAGGUUGCUUUAUUGCUUAUUGGACUAAAUUGGUUAGAAAUACUAAGUAGGAAAAUGUUUGGUUAUUGCCUCACAAGUGUUUGUAACAAAGUAAAAUAAAUCCCUUUCAAAAUAAUCCAUCAAUUCUAUCCUGUUUAAUAUCUUCUCAGUAAGUUUAAGAAGGAUACUGAUGUUAAUUGCUCUUUUUGCUCUUUUUGCAUUUAGAAACUGUCCCCCAGAUCUUAUAAAGUUAAGGUUUGAUGCUUCGAUGUUUAUCAAAGAAAAAGGUCCUGGUCCCGGGGUCGGUCCUGGAAGUGUAAAGAGUCAGAAUCAGUUUCACAGGAGCGCAGCACCGCAGAUGUCUCAGAGCGUGGAGAACAUGCAGCAGAUGAAGAAACUCAUGGAGCAGGAGAUGAAAAGUGACAAAUACAAAUCUAACAGCAAUAAGGGCUACGUCUUCACCCUCAUGCCCAUCUACGCCAUCGGUGUCGGGCUCUUCGCCGCGUAUAAGUUUCUAAAGAUUAAAUCUUCAAGCGAUUCUGAAGCUCAAAAAGCCAAAACAGCUCAAGGAGUGAAAAAAUCAGCGGAGACCGAGAAUCAGCUGAACGAGCUGGAGCAGAGACUCACUCAAACCGAGAAGAUGCUCAACUCCAUCCUGACCCAGCUGGACCCGCUCACCAACUGUGUGAAGUCUGUUGCAUUGGAGCAGAAGAACGAGAUCAUGUCGCAGCUGCACUGCAUUCGGCAGAUAAUGAAGAAGAGAGGCAUGGAGUGUCCGAGCAUCAGGAUAGAAGAGCCGACAUGUGAGCGCAAUCUAGACAAACUCAUCGAGACUUUGGCCGCAUCCGAAAGGCUUCCAGAAACUCGUCAGGAUUCACAAACGCAGGCUGAAGUACAGCCACGUGAUCCCCGAGAGCUCACGCCUGAGUCUGAGGGAGAGGAAGAGCUGGAGGAAGACGAGGAUGAGGAGAACAAGUGCACGGAGGGAAGCGAGAGUGACUCUAGUAUGCCGUCCCUCGAGGACUCGGCCGACAUCGGUGGAGAUGAUGUUACAGUCGCUCAGAAACCUCCAGAAGAUCUGACGGCUGGAUUACGGAAACGCAACAGGCCUGAGUAACGGCGGCGCGAAUCCGACGCAAAUCUAUUGAUGUAUUUAUUUAUUUAUUUUAUUCAUUGUAAUGAACACUGCGCCAGCGUCUGCAUAUCAUACUGUUAACAUGACAUCACAUUUACACUAAAAAUGCCAAAUGUUCUCUUUAUAUAUUUUAUUCGAUCAAAAAUACAAGUAAAAUAGUGAAAUAUUAAUGCAGUUUAAAAUAGCUGUUUUCCAUGUGAAUGUAUUCUGAAAUGUAUUUUAUUCCUGUGACGCAAAGCUGAAUUUUUAUCAUCAUUACUCCUUCAGUCUUCAGUUUCCUCGACUUUUUUUUUGUGGAAACUCUUAUGUAUUUUAUUUUUCGAUAGAACCAUAUUUGUUUGAAAUAUAAUUUUUAUAACAUUAGAAAACUCUUUACUGUCACUUUAGAACAAUUUAAUGCAUUAAUUUAUUCUGGUUUACCCACGAAUAUUAAUCAGCAGAAAUUCAGCUUUAUUAUCACCGUAAUAAAUUACAGUUUAAAAUCUAUUCAAACUGAAACCCGUUAUUUUACAUUCUAAAAAUAUUUCAGAUUAUUACAGUUUUAACUACAUUUCUAUAUCAAAUAUUUAAUGAGCAAUAUUAAUUUAAAGAAGAUGUAAUCACUUGCUCCGCCUCUAAAACGAGGUUCCUUUUCGGUGACAUCAUCGAGGCCAGCUGGAUGGGGAACAUAGCUUCCACAAACUGUUUAGUCAUUGCUUUAGGAAUCCUUAAUCAGCCUUUCUGAACUCUUUACAUCAGUUAACACAAAUGUAAUGUUAGGUUAAUGCACUGAUAGCAAAUAAUAAUGUGUGAAAAUGUCACUAUGGAAUAUCGUUUCGUUUUGACUUUUAACCCUUUUAGUUAGAUAAUAAUCACGUGUAUGUCAGUGUGUAUCUGCAGAAGUGGCUUCCUUUCCCUCGAUGAUGCAGUGAUGCUAAAGGAAUGGAUCCAAGGCAGCUCGUGAUGUUUUGUGGAUGGUUUAUCAUUUGCAUGUUUGCUGUGGCUUUUACACAGCUGCAUGUGUCUGGUUUGACAAUCACAUGCUUUAAAGCUUUCCAAAUGUGAGGACGUUCUUAGAGAGACGUUACAGCUCUGAGCUUUAUUUUAUUCGUUUUUUUUUUUUUUUUUAGCUUUAAUCGAAUACCAAACCCUAAAUGUGAGAAGGCGUUAAUGCACGUUAUUGCUGUCUGUGCCACAUUUCAGAUCGAAUGUUUUUAUAAAUCUGCUUUUCAAAGCUUCAUGUUAGAGAUUUGUGUUACGUCUUUUAUGAUACGUUUUCAUUAUUUUACAAUCUGAGAAUAAUUCAAGAAAAAAAACAGUAGUUGUGAUCCCUAAGUAAUAUUUAGUGACUACUAUUGCUGUGUUCGGGCAUCAUUUUAAAAACAUGCAACUGGUCCUAUUAGAGAAAUAUUUUUUGUUGCAUGUCGUUUGAAUGAUGUGAUUUAGCGUUGAAAGAUGUGGUAUGAAACUGGCAUGUAAUCAGACUCUAUACUUCCUGUGUUCAUAGUUUUUGCCUUGUAUGUGGUGUGCAGUUUAGAUGAAUAUAUUUGUUAUGAAAAGCCUUAAAUAAAUUCCAAAUACAUGUUGUACAUGUUAUAA